ACAAGCCGUCAAGUGAAGAUGUUGGUCCUCCGUGUUCUCGUUUGUGUAGCCCUCUACACCAGUGUUACAAGACUACACGGCCUAUUUGUACACAAUGUUUACAUGAGAAAUGCCUUCGUGGAGGUGAUGGACAAAGAUGUCAGUCUCUGCUCUGAUGUCCAGUCGGAGUGGUGUGGGAAUGUGUCUAGCACUGUCACUGCUGGGGAAGAGUUCACCUUUACCUGCAAUGCCACAUUCCCUGUCCGCUUUGUCCGUGUCACAAAGCCAUCUACCACCAAUGUACACCUCGAUAUCGGACAAGUGGAUGUUGAAGGGGAGGGGGCUAAGAAGCCAUAUCGUUCCUACUACAAACCGCUGAAGAACAAGAAGGUGUCUCAGCCGUUCCUAACCACGUCAGCCAUGACAGCCGGAGACUGUGGCAUCAUUUGUCACCGAUAUAAUUCAUGCAUCGACUUCAGCUACAGUGCAGUGUCGCCAACCAAUGAGAACUGA